AUGCCCAACGACGACGCGUUCAGCAAGCCCUCUGCCCCUUCGGAGGCCCCGCACGCCGCCGGGGCACCCCCGCAGGGCAAGGCCGGGGGCUUUGGCAAAGCGGCAGGGGCGCUGCUCGGGAGCAGUGGCGGCGCGAGCGCCGGGGGCAGCGGCGGAGGCGGCGGCUCCUCGGGCUCCGGGGCGUCGGGCAUGGGCUCCGGGAGCAAGAAGUCCCCGCGGCUGCCCAAGUGCGCGCGAUGCAGGAACCACGGCUACGCGUCGCCGCUCAAGGGCCACAAGCGCUUCUGCAUGUGGCGGGACUGCCAGUGCAAGAAGUGCAACCUGAUCGCCGAGAGACAGCGCGUGAUGGCCGCGCAGGUGGCCCUGAGAAGGCAGCAGGCCCAGGAGGAAGAACUGGGGAUCAGCCACCCCAUCCCGCUGCCCAGCGCUGCUGAGCUGCUUGUCAAGAGAGAGAGCAAUGGCAGCAACCCGUGCCUGAUGACCGAGAGCAGCAGCCCCUCGCAGCCCGCGCCGGCCAGCACCCCCACCACCGCAGCGUCAGAGGGACGCAUGGUCAUCCAGGAUAUUCCUGCUGUCACCAGCAGAGGGCACGUGGAGAACACACCUGACCUGGUGUCUGACUCCACCUACUACAGCAGCUUCUACCAGCCGUCUCUGUUCCCUUACUACAACAAUCUGUACAAUUACCCGCAGUACUCCAUGGCCUUGGCUGCGGAUUCCUCUUCUGGGGACGUGGGAAGCCCCCUUGGCGGGUCCCCUGUGAAGAACAGCCUUCGGAGUCUCCCAGCACCUUAUGUGCCUGGGCAGACAGGAAACCAGUGGCAGAUGAAAAACUCGGAGAACCGCCACGCAGUGAGUUCCCAGUACAGGAUGCAUUCUUACUACCCGCCUCCCUCCUACCUGGGCCAGAGCGUGUCCCAGAUUUUCACUUUCGAGGAUGGCCCCUCUUACUCAGAAGCCAAAGCCAGUGUAUUCUCGCCGCCCAGCAGUCAAGAUUCUGGCUUGGUUUCCCUCUCCAGCAGCUCUCCUAUUAGUAACGAGAGCACAAAGGGAGUGCUUGAAUGUGAGUCUGCCUCCGAGCCCAGCAGCUUCACCGUCACUCCCGUCAUCGAAGAGGACGAGUAAAUGAUGCCUGGUGCCUUUGGCUGUUUCCUUCCCUUGGAAUAGCAGGCUUAUUCCAUUUACACGGGGUUGGUUGUUAAUAUUUUGCCUUGACUCAUGUCGACUUAACUGUUGAGAGUGUGUUUGGUUUAUACUCCUUAGAGCUUGCCCAGAGGCUAAAAUACAUUUGGAAUAGUUUAGGAUCCUUGAGUACCAUCUGCAAGAACUAAGUGCUUUGCUCAUGGAGUUAAAUAGUAGUAACCCCCCCCCCAUUUUUCAUGAUUCUGGUUUACAUGUAGUUUUCAAAAAAUACAAUAAUUCACUAAAGUCAGGGAGUACAUUUGCAUCUAAAUGUGUCAUAAUUAGAUAUUACUUCUGGUUUUAAAAUGAAAUCUUAGGUGCCUUAGACGUUUCUAUUUUAGUAUUUUAAUAAAACUGCAAAAAUAUAAAUUUAGCCAAGUGCCUGACCAGUGAGAAGAAGAACGCAAACUUAGUGAUUGUUCUAGAAAUCUGUAGGUCAGAGUAAUUGGAAAUACUGUGUGUUUGUGUUGCUGUUGGAAAAGCCAAGCUCUCCUCCAUCCUCCCAACUCAAAAACAUGAUUGAAAUACAGUUGGAAAAAGACAUUAAAGUCCUAAAGAACCACUGCAUUUUCUAUAAAGGGUGUAAUUUCAAAACAAAACAUUUUAAAGUAACCUCAGCAAUACAAAAUUCCUGGGUUUGUUUCUAGAAUAAUAGGAGAGUUUAUCCUACACAUUCUUUCUA